AUGGUGACUGAGAGACUGGUGGUGGUGCUCCUGCUCGCCGUGCUCACCCUGCUGACCGCCCUGGCCAACGCGGCGGUGAUCGCGGCCAUCUGCACCACCAAGAAGCUCCACCUGCCGGCCAACUACCUCAUCUGCUCACUGGCCAUCACCGACUUCCUGGUGGCGGUGCUGGUGAUGCCCAUCAGCGUGGCGUACAUCGCCAUGCAGAGCUGGGCGCUGGGCUGGGCCGUGUGUGAGGUGUGGCUGAGUGUGGACAUGACCUGCUGCACCUCUUCCAUCCUGCACCUGUGUGCCAUCGCGCUGGACCGCUUCUGGGCCAUCACCAAGGCCAUCGAGUACGCCCGCAAGAGGACGGCGCGGCGGGCCGCUGGCAUGGUGGCCGCGGCCUGGGUCAUCUCCAUCUUCAUCUCCCUGCCCCCACUCUUCUGGAGGUACCGGCAAGGCAGGCCCAGCACCACCACCAACGCUGGGCUGUCUAAGGUACCGUCCAGCAGUCAGUGCAUCAUCGAGCACGACCACGUGGGCUACACCGUCUACUCCACGCUGGGCGCCUUCUACAUCCCCAUGGGCCUCAUCCUUGUCCUCUACUACCGCAUCUACAGCGCUGCGAAGACGCUCUACCAGAAGCGCGGCUCGUCACGCCACUUCAGCGGCCGCAGCACGGACAGCCAGAAUUCCCUGAACAACCACCACCACCAGUGCCGCGUGGUGCACACCUUUUGUGUGUCCGACCUCUCCACCACCAACUCGGACCCGGCCAGCGGCAUCACAGCAGAGUGCGACCGCUUCAACGUCAACCUCAAUGUCACUAUACGCAUGCCGUCGUCCUUCGAGGCGGAGCUAGAGAGUAGCGGUGCGGACGAGAGGAACCAGAUCUGCACCCUGCGGGAGAGGAAGGCGGCCCGCAUCUUGGGCCUUAUCCUGGGGGCCUUCAUCCUCUGCUGGCUGCCCUUUUUUGUCAAAGAGCUGCUGGUGGGGCUGCAGCUGCUGCGGCAGCCCUCGCCGGAGGUGUCCGACUUCCUGACCUGGCUGGGUUACCUCAACUCCCUCAUAAACCCCCUGCUCUACACCAGCUUCAACGAGGACUUCAAGCUGGCCUUCAAGAAGCUGCUCAAACGGAAAGGGCACACAUAGCGUUUUCCCCACAUGCCUCUCUGAGGAAAGUACUUUAACUGAGACUGCCAUUACAGGGAGAUGUUUCAGAGAGCACAUGAAUGCUAAUAAAAAGUGUGAUGCUGAUUUGUCAUACAUCUAAAUCAGGGAUGUCAAACUCAGACCAGAGGGUCAAAUUUGGCUUGCGGAAUCAUUCUAUUUGGCCCACAAGAUCAUUCCAAAUGUGUAUUACAGUUGGCCCACACUCAUCAUUAAAAUGAGUGAACCCAGACCAGUAAGUCAAGUCAAGUC